AGUAGGAAGUAACCGCCGGUUGAAGCAGGCUGUUUGUGAUUGUCAGCUACCUGUAGCUCGCUUACACGAACGGAAACAUGGCGUUAGCUGCGCUGCUCUUUCUUUUUACGGUCGGUUCUGUCUGUCGAGAAGCCGUGUCAGAAAGAAAGCUAGCAUACGUGACUGUGUUGUUUCGUCAUGGCGACCGGUCCGCUAUUAAAACCUACCCCACCGACCCUCACCAAGAGAGCGACUGGCCACAAGGCUUUGGACAGCUGUCACAGGAGGGCAUGAGGCAGCACUAUGAUCUGGGCCGGUUCCUCAGGAAUCGUUACCAGGGGUUCCUGAACAAAUCCUAUGAUCGACAAGAGAUCUCCGUCCGCAGCACGGACUACGACCGCACCCUGAUGAGCGCCGAGGCAAACCUCGCAGGUCUCUACCCCCCGACGGGUGACCAGGUCUUCAGGGUGGGCCUGAAGUGGCAGCCGAUACCUGUGCACACGGUGCCGCAGGCUGAAGAGAGGCUUCUCUCUUUUCCUCUGGGGGACUGUCCUCGCUACAAACAGCUGAUGAACGAAACGGAGCACACAGACGCAUUUAUUAAUGUCACAACAGAGUAUCAGGACCUCAUAGAGCUGGUCAGGAAUAAAACCGGACUAAAUAACACCACCGUGGAAACCGUAUGGAGCGUGUAUGACACACUGUUCUGUGAGUCCCGUCACAACAUGACACUUCCUGACUGGGUGACUCCUGAUGUGAUGGGGAAGCUUCAAGUGCUCAAAGACUUUGCAUUUCAGGUCACAUUUGGGUUCUACAAACUGCAAGAAAAGAGCCGGCUGCAGGGAGGUAUCCUGUUGGGUGAAAUAGUGAAGAAUCUUUCCAAGAUGGCCGUCCCAGACCCAAAACAGCAGCUUAAAAUGAUGAUGCUGUCAGCGCACGACACCACUGUAGCCGCCCUGCAGGCCAGCUUGGAUGUGUUCAACGGAAGGCAGCCGCCAUAUGCCUCCUGUCAAAUAUUUGAGCUGCACCGCGACGACAACGGCUCUGUCUCUGUGUCGCUGUUUUACCGGAACAGCAGCAAAGCGGAGGCGUUCCCUCAGCAGUUACCGGGCUGCUCCCUCGACUGCCCCCUGGACGACUUUGUGAGAAUAACAAAGCUCUCCAUUUCGGAAGACCGCGAGAAGGAAUGUCAACUGCCGUCAAAGGGGAGAGAUAACGAAGUGAUCAUCAGUCUGGCGGUGUCCAGCUCUCUGCUCCUCCUCCUCGUCCUCCUCCUCCUCGGCGUGAUUUGUUGGCAGAAGGAGCCAAUCGUUAACCGGGGUUACCACCAAGUGAUCAACCAGGAAGCCGUAGAGGAAUCCUGACACGAGCGCAGACUCGUCCCUCGGAGAUCGGCGAGCCUGGCGUCGUGGGGCAGCAGCAGCGACGACGACGAACUUUGAACUAUCGGCUCUUGACACUAACAGGAUGGUUGAGGCGUCGUCUGAGGGACACGAAGAAAAUGCAGCAGGGAAAAAAACUUAUAUUUGUUUAACAGUUUGUCUUCUAGUUAAGUUGCGGUGCUCUGCAACUUAAUCUGUUCCUAUGUUGACAUAUUAUUUCAAUAAAGGGGCCGCAGGGUGGUGCUGACUUGCACAGGGCGAGUUGACCAAGAGCUUUGUCACAAGUGUCCUUUAGCGAGAUACUAACGCGCCAGCAAAAUGGCAAACUGCUCUCUUGUCUCUUUUUGUGUGCGUUUGAACCAGCUUCUCAAAUAUGCAGCUUACCGAAGCUUUUUCUUUCAGUCCGACUGUGAAUGAUCUGACAAAGGAAAACCCUGUUAAACUCAACUUUGUUUUGAACCGAAUAACUGAACCCCCACACUAUUUUUUUCAACUAUAUAAGGUUUUGUUUAAUUUCUACUCAAGUAUUUAAAUUCCUGAUUACGUUCUUCAAAUAAGGGACCUAUUGGUAGAAAUCUGAACAUUGCAAUUUCAUUUUCUUUGCUAAUCCGGAGUGGGUCCACUUGUCUGCAGCAUUCAAAAUGGGUGGGAAUUUGAAAGUUGAAUCCCACCCAUUGGAUUUCUGUCGAAUAUUAUUUCAUUUGUUUGGACUCGUUCUUACAACCAAAGGUGAGCUUGUGAAACAGACACAGGUGGGAUGUAACCGAGCUAGUUCUUCAGUUCAUAUGUCCAUUUAAUGAUAUUUCACUCAAACGAACUAAUGUUUACAUUGUAUUUUGGCAACACAACUGCCCCUUUAAUAGGGACAGUGGUUAGCAUGCUAGCUGUUAGCUUAAGCUAAAUUAAAAGCAAUGCUUGCCGUUAAGAAAGCUUUUUUUGUGGCUAAAUGUAAUUUAUAUAAAACACUGCGGUUACUGUCAUUUCCAGGGUUAAGGGUCUUCAGCCAAAACUAUGGGGUUUAGUGAAAUAUAUGUUAAACCAUAAACUGUCACUAAAAACUUUAUCUUGAAAUAAAUUUCAAAUCCCAAUGCAA